AAUGUCUGAAACAGUAGUUACACAACGAACCAACUGCUGUUCAAACCUGAACCCAAAGAAAGUUAGAGAAGACUUCAAGGAGCAAAAACUUCCAGCAUGGCAGCCUUCGUACAACAGUGGAAGCAUAGCAAUUUCAUUUCUGAUCAUUGCGAUUUUUUUUCUCAUCUUUGGAAUUAUUAUUACGGUGGAAGAAGUGAAGGUUGUUGAAGUGGAGUUUGACUACACAGACUGCAACAAUUGCGACCAAGUCGAUUUCUCAGUCAAUGAGACCGGGUGUGUCUCGUGUAAUUGUAGCAUCUCUGUAAAUAUUGGCGAGGACAUUCCGAAGCCUGUGUAUGUGCAAUACAAACUGGACGGAUUCUAUCAGAAUCAUCGAAGGUACGUUCUCUCUCGAGAUGACGUGCAACUGAGAGGUGACUGGGAUAAGAAGCCCUCUGGGGACUGUGAUCCAUAUGGAACCAAUGAAAAUGGGCAGAAAAUAGUUCCCUGUGGCGCAAUUGCCAACUCCAUUUUCAACGACACUUUUGAACUCAGUACUUCAGACGAUGUUGUUGUGAAUAUGUUGAGAACUGGAAUUGCUUGGGCCAGUGACAAGGAUGACAAAUUCAAAAAUCCUGACGGCUGGAUUGAAAUGCUACAAGCUGACCCAAGUAACUAUGCCAGUCCGCCUAAUUGGUGUGGCAGAACCCUUGUGACAUUGGACGUGGACGACGAAAGCAACAAUGGUCUGAAAAAUGAGGAUUUGAUUGUAUGGAUGCGAACGUCAAGCUUGCCGACCUUCAGGAAACCCUGGCGAAGAAUCGACCACAGCCAGGAUGGGUUCCAGGACGGACUUCCCAAAGGAGUUUACAAUCUGACGAUCGAUUACAACUACCCGGUGUCUAGAUUCGGCGCCAGAAAAUCAAUAAUUAUAACCAACGCAUCGGAGUUCGGAACUCUGAAUGAGUUCUUGGGAAUCGCAUAUCUGCUUGUGGGCUGCGUCUCUCUUUUGAUUGCUGGGAUUUUUUUGGUUUUGAGAGUAAAAGGAGGGUUUGGACUCGCAAGGCCUCGAUAAAUAUCCCAGUUUGUUAAAAUCAUUAAUUUCAUUAUACCCUGAUUCUAUCGUCAUUAAUUAUACUUUGCGAAGCUGCAGCUAUUUCAAUUAUUUAGCUAUUACCAUGAAUGUCCAAUAACCGUCUUGAUUGAAUACGAAGUUCACUCAUAUCGUGAAUAAUUGUAUUAUUUUUAUUGUAUGCUUCUUUAUUUCGUCGAUGCUUCCUCAGAAAACGUGACAUAAGUCCUUAAAGAAGGCAAAGCUUGCUAUUAUGCCUGCAACGCAUAGGUUGGAAUCAUAUCAAAUUUAAAUUAAGCAAAACUGCGGUAAAUAUUUGACUGAUUAGUUUUAAUUUAAUUCAUGCUGACUGGGUUGAUUCUUUUUGCUGUAAAUACUUUUAAUUCGAUUAUCCGUAGCUGAAUUUAGAAAUCAGAUAUAUUUCUUUUUUUAUUGCCAAUAUUUUGAUAAUUCGGUGAAAUAUUUGUCGUUAAAUUGUACAGGAACGAAGUGAUUGUCUCAGGCCGCGAUGAUUGAUCCAUCCAUUGAAAGUGGGUGGAACUUUGUAUUCGGGUGUGUUUUAAUUUUUUCUUUUUUCCACGCAAAAUCAGGUGCUAUAAUUGUCCAAGUGUCGAAAAAAGUUAAUUUCAGUUUA